AUGAAUCGGGCUACUUUGUUGCUAUGCCUCUUCGGCAUAUUAUCAUCUAAUCUCAUAAGCAAUGUUGCUGCUCGUUUGGGCGGUGAGGGAAUCAUAGGCGGUGAAAGAGCCGAUGAGAAACAGUUCCCGUACCAGGUUGCCCUUCUAGUCAAGGGUAAGUUGGUCUGCGGUGGCGGCAUCAUCGGUGACAAGUACAUUCUCACAGCUGCUCACUGCUUCAUCGACAAAACUGGGUCAUUCUACAACAGGGCCUACACUGUGGUCGCUGGUGCUACGGACCUGAACCUGGAUGAGGGUAUCAAAAUCGCCCCUGAGAAGGUUUACGUACACAAGGACUACCAGACAUCUACCUUCGAGAAUGACAUCGCCAUCCUGAAGCUAAAAGAAGGUCUAGGAGUCGACAGCAACCCAAGUCUCAGCAAACUUAAUCUGCCCAAGGCUAACCUUAAGUACACUGGUCGCACAGCAGUUAUUUCCGGCUACGGUUUCACCACCAUCCAGGUUAUGACUUAUCCCGUCAUCGGUAUACCGAUCGAGGUUGGCGGUUCGACCGACAACAAGCUUCGCUUCACCAAGGUCGACAUCAUCUCUAACGCUGAGUGCGCUCAAAGGAACGCACUGAAGCCAGUUUACAACUCGAACAUAUGUGGUCAAGUGAAGCAGCAUAACCCAUCGAAGUCAGAGGGAAUCUGCUCUGGCGACAGCGGUAGUCCUUUGGUCAUUGACGAUGACGUCGUGAUCGGCGUCGUCAGUACCAGUCCACUGGGCUGCGACGAAACCGUAGAGGCCGCUUCGUACACUCGAGUUUCGUCUCACCUGACCUUUGUCGAGAAUGUGCUGAAGGGCAAGUCUACUACUGGGGCUCGCAUUUUCGAAUUUCCUGAUGACAAACCCGCUCAGAAAUCUAGUGGAGAUUUCCUGUUCUUCCCACCCUACCCGUCUUAUGGACAAGAUGAUGAUAUCUUCAGCAUACCUCAGUAUGGAGAUCGGUACGCUCAGUUUCCCUCGUUCUCGUUACCUUUCGAUUCUUUGGGUUAUAAGAAGAGGAAGUGAAAAGUUAACGGAGACUCUUGAUUGUAAUAAUUAGAAUU